AUGGUUUCAUUCAAGAAAGUUCUGACGCUGUUGUUCGUCGGUGCGGCCAGCGCACUUCCAGCAGCUGACAGCAAUGGCCGACUGACUGAUUUGAUGCUCGAUAAGAAGGACCUCUUAGACUCAAGAGCAGUCUGCAAGGCCAAUGACCCCAACUACCUAGCCUUCAAGAAAAACCAAGCCAACGGGUCCGCGUUUGGCUCGAACUACAUCCAAAGCACUGUAUCUACUACCAUCACGCCCAUAGUCCGGAGUACCUCAACGAGAGUUACAGUCACCACGACUACCCUGGUCGGUAUAAAGACCAUCCGAACUACCAUCUUUUUCGUGACCGUCACUACUGCGACAAAGACCGAUUUAGCUACAGUAACUCUGACAAGCACUGCCCUUGUUACUGAUCUCACAACUAAGACGCUUACGAACACGGCGACUAAGAGAGUCACCAACACAAAGGCGGUUCAGGUGGCUGUGACGGAUGUUGAGCAGGUUACCCAGAGGAUCACAACUGGGCUCACUACGACUGUUACUGUCGAUGCUGAUGUUACGCUUACAACGGAUGUAACCGACGCUGCUACUGUUGAUAUUCUGACGACAGUGUCAACCACGAUUUCCACUCUUGUUACUCGUGAUAGAGCACCAACUCCCACGGUCUAUGUUCCCGAAACGGAGGUUCACUGCAAAGUCGUCGGUAAUGCAGAUGAUACCAACUAUUGGAGUGGGGGAUCCGGCCGGUCAAUCGGAAAUCCCAGCUUUAGCGUAUGCAGAGACUUUUGCUCGAGCGAUUCAGAAGCCGCCAGCUUCGGUUUCAACAAGGUCGAGUGCGACUGCUAUAAUGGCACAGUGAGUGCUGCGGUUUCACCAGACCCUUCAUCUGACUGGACAUUCUACGACAUGUUGUGUGGUUCCGCCAAUCAGCCUUCGCGUUUUAAACGAGCAGUGAAGGCAUUCCAAGCCCAAAUACCCGAUUAUCUACCCAGCAAAGCUCCCAGCGCCGUGAGCAGCGCGUGUUCAUGCCUAAUCGCCAGCCCCUCUGCCCCCACGACUACCACCUUCACCGCCAAAGCCUCCAGGACUAUCACUACCACACAAACCCGAACGAAUACUUUCUCUGUCAACAAGCUAAAGACCACAGUAUUUCUGGACCGGCAGACGAGCACCUCUACCAGCUCAACAAAGACCGUAAAAACAGGCUCCCAGACUGUAACCCAAACGAAUCGGAAGAGCGCGACGGUCACGAAGCCUGUUACUGUGACGGUUACCAACUUCAACACUGUUUUGGUGACUAAUACUAAUGUUGUUGAUGCUACAAACUACAAUACGGUUUUCGUUACGAAUGUUAAUACCGUGGCUGAGACGGAUUAUAAUACUGUUGUUGUGACGAAUGCGGAGGGGUUCACGGUUACUCAGUUUUACACUACUGUGCAGACUGGUGUGGCUACGAGUGUGAUUACACCGGAUGCAUAUACUACGACCAGUGGAACAACAACUAUCUGGGGGUCUUAA